GGGGCAGGAGCAGUUGCUCCUCACAUCUGCUUCUGACAUAGUUGUGUUGACUCACAAGCUUAGAAACAGACACCAUGGUGCACCUGACUGAUGCUGAGAAGGCUGCUGUUGGCGGCCUGUGGGGAAAGGUGAAUGCUGAUGCAGUUGGCGCCGAGGCCCUGGGCAGGCUGCUGGUUGUCUAUCCUUGGACCCAGAGGUUCUUUGACAGCUUUGGAGACCUGUCCUCUGCCUCUGCUGUCAUGGGUAAUGCCAAGGUGCAGGCCCAUGGCAAGAAGGUGAUACAUUCCUUCGCUGAAGGCCUGAAGCACCUGGACAACCUCAAGGGCACCUUUGCCAGCCUGAGUGAGCUCCACUGUGACAAGCUGCAUGUGGAUCCUGAGAACUUCAGGCUCCUGGGCAAUGUGAUUGUGGUUGUGCUGAGCAAGCACCUGGGCAAGGAUUUCACCCCCAGUGCACAGGCCGCCUUCCAGAAGGUGGUGUCUGGAGUGGCCACUGCCCUGGCUCACAAGUACCACUAAGAGCCCUUUCCUGCUGUUGUCUACGCACAAAGGUCACUUGCCUGAGAGAACAACUGCCAGCUGUGGGCAAAGUGAUAAUGGCCUUUGAGCAUCUGCAUUUGGACUAAUAAAUGGC